AGCAAAGAGUAGAAGAUGUGCGACUGAUUCGAGAUCAACAUCCAACAAAAAUACCAGUGAUAAUUGAAAGGUACAAGGGUGAGAAGCAGCUUCCAGUUCUGGAUAAAACUAAGUUCCUGGUACCAGAUCAUGUCAACAUGAGCGAACUAAUCAAAAUUAUCAGACGCCGCCUGCAGCUGAAUUCCACUCAGGCUUUCUUCUUACUGGUGAAUGGACACAGCAUGGUGAGCGUGUCAACCCCCAUAUCAGAGGUGUAUGAAAGCGAAAAGGAUGAAGAUGGAUUCCUGUACAUGGUAUAUGCCUCUCAGGAAACUUUUGGAGUCCAAUCUUCUGUGUAAACCAUUCAAGUGGCUUCUAGCCUAGGAUUUUGGUUUUACCUUCUACCCCCUAUCCCCACCCCAGGAAAAAGAAAGGAAUGUCACCUCUCAGUACCUUAGCAUAGUCUUGCUUUAGCAGGUGUCUUCCUCUUACCUUGCCUUGUUUGUGAAUAUUAAACAGCUGAGUGCCAGUACAGACCAGCAUAGAUCUAGCUUUGAAAACCUGCUGUCAUAUUUCACAUAGGCACACUUGUUUUAAGUCUCUGGACUUCCUGAAUGGAACCAUACCUUGCACAUUCAGAUUGCCAGCACCAGAAACACUUGACUGAAUUCAGUGACACAGGAACUGGCACCAGUUUCCAGUAGUGAACAAAAGUGUUUGUGUGACAUCUUUCUGUUAAUUCCUCUUACUGUUCCUAGAAAGUGCUCCUUUUCAGGGAGAGGCUUCCCUUUUCCAUCAUGGAGCAAACAUGUAAGGCUCUGAAGUGCAAGUUUGUGCAUAUUAAAUCUUUAGUCCAACUAGGGAAUCAUUUGCCUCAGUAUUUGCAGAAAGUCAGGACAAGUGGUGGUGGGGGAAUAGCUUCAUAGUACUGCUACUGCAUAAGAUAAGAUGCCAGAUUCCUGGACAUUAUUCAUACCAAACCCCACAGCUUUAUUCUAAUUGUAGCAAGUAUAUAUUUUAAGAUGAUUCCAGGUUAGCUCCUGGACAGUUAACAUUAAGAGAAACUUCAAUCUAUUACGAAUCUUCACUGCUUUCUGGUUUCACUGACACAAAUGGCUGCUCCAUGGGAGCUUUCACUGGAUAGUCCCUUCUGCCCUGAGGGGCUGCUUUUCCAGAGCAUAAUGGGGUUUUUUUGGUUAAAAGAAAUUAUUUCCAUAAACGUGACUGGGUGAUAGAUGCAGCCACUAAAAAUGCACCAUUCUGCCUAAUUUGUUCUUUAUUGCUGCUCCCUAUAUUCAGCAAAGCAGUUGUAUAUGAACUCUUCAGGGCUGAAAGUCAAACUGCUUUGUUUAUACACAGUUCUACUGAAAACGCUGGAUUCAAACAUGAAUCGAAAUUGUCUGUCAGUUGUUUGUUCAUGUCAUAACUGAUGGGGGAAGUGCUUUAUAAAAUCAUUUCACAUUCAGGAGUUGAUGUUUUAAAGUUCUGAGGAACAACUUCUAUCACUGAAGCCCACUGCGUGGAGUUUAAAAAUGUGGUGUUACUAUGAUUAUGAAUGGGGAUGAAUCCCAUGCAGAGGGUUCCAAGUAGGAUCAGUGUCCUGCCUUUAGAGUUGUUGUUGUAAAGUUAAGUAUCGCAGGCUGAGAUUUACCCUUGUAUAUCAUGUGUAUGAAUUAAUUACAUCUGUUAGUGGGAGUUAACUUACUAUCAUGAAGAAGGGGCGGAGAGAAGCAAUACUACUGCAUCUUGGCACUUGGUACAACAUCAGCGUGUACAAUUUGUACCUACAGCUUUCUGCAUGCAUCUUGUUCACAAGACUUAUUUAAUUUUUAAAUGUUCAUUGUUUUUUACUUAAUGUAAACUUUAAAAGCAACUUGUCCUAUGUUUAGUUUUUUGUGUAAAACCAUCCUGUUAACUGAUGACAGCCAUUCUUGUAAUUACUGUGUGAUCAAUGACUGAUUCCUGUACAAAUGUUGCUUUUUUUUUAAUUAAUACAGUGCUGAUAUGACUCAA